AACAAAAUUUUAUCAGCUUUGGUCAACGUCAAUUCUCUGCGGAUGUAUGAAGAAAGUUUAAAAGUACGUGUUUUACAAAUUAUGACUUCCUUAUUUAACAACAGUUUGCGGUGUCUGUGCGGCAAGAUGCAGGGACUUUGCUACUGCAUACUGCUUGUGUUUUUUCAUUUGAAUUACGUAGCAUGUGUCCAAGUCCACAGUGAAAGAUGCGCGAAAGGUUUAGAUCUCGAGUUGCCGACGGGUUCCAAACUAGAGAAUGGAAGCUUGGUGAUCAAAGGAGUUCUGUACAACAAUAUAUCUACCUGGACUAAUGGAUCCAAACACUUCGUCUGCGAAUGCCAUCUGAAGCCUUGUUUCAGAAAAUGUCCAGAAGAUGUGCUCAGAAAGCACAAUUUGAAACAAAUUUCAAAUGAAACGCAAGUUCAACUUGGUGAGGGAAGAGUUGAGACUCAUCUCUUCAGCGUUAUAACACUACUAGACGAAGAGAUUGACUGUCAGCUUAUAUCAGAUGUCUAUAAUAACACACCAGAGGAUGAAUAUAAUGAUUAUAUUCUGUCAGCUAAUGGCCAGCUCACUUUCUUGAGUGACAACGAAACUUAUAGUCCAAGUGAAUUUUGCAUUAGUGACACCGGAGAAAAUAGAAACGCAGUUUUCUUGUGUCGUUUCGACCAGCCUGAAGAUCAUUACCAGAUGUUUAUCACCGUUCUAAUACUGAUCUCUGCCGUGAUGCUGUUUCUUAAUUUCGUUGUAAUUUUGUCAACACCUGAAUAUAAAAAUCUCCACGGAAGGAAUCUUGCUUGUCAGUCCUUUACUUUGAUGGCUGGGUUGGCUGGGCUUGCAGUAAUAUCUCUCGUGGGACACUCCAUGCAUAAAACUUUGUGCAAAAUAACUGGCUAUGUCACCUACUUUUUUAUGCUCAGUUCCUUCUUCUGGCUUAACGUAAUGUGCUUCGACAUAUUCUAUACCUUCAGGAUCCUCAAGAAAUCGACUGGCUCUGGAUUCGAUUCACAAAAUCGAAGAUUUAGGGUCUACGCCAUGUAUUCAACCCUCUUCCCAGUCCUUAUGUGCAUUGUGGUUAUUGUAUGCGACAAUACUCUCACCUCAGGUCAUUUUUAUCCUGGAUUUGGCGAGCCAUCUUGUUGGUUCAAAGACGGACCUGUCUACGUCGGGGAUAUCUUUUUUCACGGAUUAAUCCUCGUUAUGAUGUUGUUGAACAUUUUCUUCAUCGCAUUCGCCGUAUAUAGAAUUACGAAGAUUAGUCUAAAAACCAAGAAAGAAAUGAAACGAACGAACAGCAUCCGCCACUCUGGAAAUGAUGAUAGACAGAGGGCCAUGAUGUACUUCAAGCUGUUCUUCUUAAUGGGCGCAACUUGGGUAUUUGAACCGAUUUCAGCCUGGUGCAACAAUGAACCAAAGUGGCUCUUUCGGCCAAUCGACAUCAUCAACGCUUCGCGAGGAACUUUUGUUUUUAUUCUCUGCGUUUUUCUCAACCCUAAAGUGAGGAAGUCGAUCGCUAAGUGGAGGGUAUGUAGAGCUUUCUCGAAGCAAGAGCAUCAAACCUCUACAAGUAGCACCACUGGUGUUAUGUUGCAGGAUCUAUCCGAAACUAGAAGAAUUGAUUGAUUUGUUGUAUUUGUAGGUCUCAGUUGUCCUGUAUAUUUUUUACUAGUAUUAUAUCUGUUAAGUGAAAAGAAAAAAAUAUUUCAGGAUAAUCUCGAAUUUUUUAAAUUAAUUAUCCAAGAGUGGUUUACUUCAGUAAGUGAAGUAGUUUAAAAAAAUGUAUUUUUAUUGCCGCUUUAGUUAAUCCAAUCGUUAUAACGUCCUGGUCCCGGCAAAAUUGCGCAACGUUCAACAAACACCCAAAUUUUCAUUUUCGAAUUGAUUGUUGACCUUUUCUUGCAACAAGGAAAUUCGGGUUUGGUUUUGUUGAAAGUUACGCAAUUUUGCCGGGACCAGGACGAUAAACUAAUACAUAUUUAAUCAUAAAAUAUCCAAAACGUUUUCCUCCUAUAUAAACAAUUUGAUUAUAUAUUUAUCAGUCUUUUUUACUUCAUUUUCCCCUGCUUAUUUGUAAAAAGCGUUGUUCUUUAUUUCUUCUCAAAUACUUUAAAUAAACCUUCUUUUAAAAUUAUGGAAUUUGUAACAUUUUUCAAAGUUAAACCUUAUAUUAGCCAUACAGAUAUUAUAAAAUGUAACUUUGAUAGUACAAAAUAAAUUCCCUCUCUUUUUUUUAUUUUGUUGCUGUUCAACAA